GGCGCAUGCGCGUUGCCACCCAGCGCAGGUUGGCGGCGCGGGGGGUGGGGGGGGAACUGGUGGGAUCUGCUGGGAUCUGCUGUGGAACGGACGAUUGCUCGCUGUGCGGCCGUCCGCGGGACGUGGGCACACUUCUGGGGGCUGGGGCCCCUCUGACUCCAAGCCGCCAUGGAGACGAUGGGAGGCGCGCAGCGUCAGGGCUGACGGUGCAGGAAGUGUGGGGCGCGGGGCCCAGUGCCCCGGGAUAAACCGGAGCCUGGAGCAGGCAGAGCGCGGCCCUCGGCGGCACAGACAGGCAGGCGAGCCGAAGUGGGCCGGGCUAGAGCGAAACCUGGAGCACUUGGGCCGGGAGACACCAAUGCAGAUGCCAUAGAUGCCUGUUGAACAGUGGAACUUCUACACAGACGUGAACUGAAUUUACGACAUUGCCUGCUUCAAACAUGGAUGAGCAGGAAGCUUUAAAGUCCAUCAUGAAGGACCUUGUUGCCCUGCAAAUGGGACGAAGGAGCCGAAUGAGCGGCUACGAUAGUGUGAAGAGCAAAGGCAGCAUCCAUGCUAAUAAGCAGAAUGAUGUUCGAAUAAAGUUUGAACAUAAUGGUGAAAGAAGAAUCAUACAGUUCAGCCGGCCAGUCAAAUAUGAGGAACUGCACCAGAAAGUCAAGACGGUAUUUGGGCAACAAAUGGACUUAAACUACACAAACAAUGAGUUACUAAUUCCUUUACGAAACCAGGAUGAUCUUGACAAAGCCAUUGAUCUACUUGAUCGAAGCUUCAGCAUGAAGAGCUUGAAAAUCUUACUUGUAGCUCAGGAGAAAAACCAUACAUCACAUGCGCCUUCAGCUGUUACAAAACAGGUCCGUAUUAAGGCCUCUCAAUCUGUUGGGGACAUUCUCAGCACCAUCUACCAGCCACCGGAGUCGCGCGGCAGACAUCUCUCUGUCGGUUCUCAGAACACUGGUCGAAGCUCCCCGCCCCCAGGAUAUGUUCCAGAGCGACAACAGCGGAUAGCUCGCCAAGGGUCCUACACCAGCAUUCAUAGUGAGGGGGAGUUCAUCCCUGAGAACAUGGAACAGUGUAUAUACGAGCCCCAGAGCAGUACUGAAAACUCCAUAUCAAACAGUUGUCAGUCUUUGGAUAGACGAGCGGAUAGUCCAUCAUAUCGGAAGUCUCGUAUGUCCAGAGCGCAGAGCUACCCUGACAACAGACAGCUCUACCUGGAUCGCGAAAAUCAUGUCCCCGAUAAGGCUGGAAAAGGAGGGACCUAUCCCCGACAUUUCCACAUACCACUACACCAGAAGGAUUAUGGUGAUGGGCGGAGAACGUUCCCGAGAAUUCGCCGACAACAGGGGAACUUGUUUACUCUCGUCCCAUCCAGUCGGUCGCUAAGUACAAAUGGAGAGAACAUGGGUUUAGCAGCUCAGUACAUGGACAGCCGAGGGAGAAUCCGCAGCGGGGACAGUGAAAGCACACUCUCGGUGCAAGAGAGGAAUGUUUCCACUAAAUCCCCAAGUGCACCUACCAACUGGAGGAGAGGGAAGCUGCUUGGACAGGGGGCAUUUGGACGUGUCUACCUCUGUUAUGACGUAGACACAGGAAGGGAACUUGCUGCAAAACAAGUUCAGUUUGAUCCUGACAGCCUCGAGACCAGCAAGGAAGUAAGCGCUUUGGAGUGUGAGAUACAGUUAUUGAAGAACCUGCAGCAUGAGCGGAUAGUGCAAUACUACGGCUGCCUACGUGAAAAAGCAGAGAGGACUCUAUCGAUUUUCAUGGAGUAUAUGCCUGGGGGUUCAGUGAAAGACCAAUUGAAGGCAUAUGGAGCACUGACUGAGAAUGUGACCCGAAAAUACACCAGGCAGAUUCUGGAGGGGGUGUCCUACCUCCACAGUAACAUGAUUGUACAUCGGGAUAUAAAAGGAGCCAACAUCCUGCGAGAUUCUGCAGGAAAUGUAAAGCUGGGCGACUUUGGAGCAAGCAAACGACUACAGACGAUAUGCAUGUCAGGGACAGGGAUUCGCUCAGUCACUGGGACACCGUACUGGAUGAGCCCAGAGGUUAUCAGUGGCGAAGGCUAUGGAAGGAAAGCUGAUGUUUGGAGCCUGGGGUGUACAGUGGUGGAGAUGCUCACAGAGAAACCUCCCUGGGCAGAGUAUGAAGCAAUGGCUGCCAUUUUCAAAAUUGCCACUCAGCCAACCAAUCCCCAGCUGCCUCCUCACAUUUCAGAUCACUGCAAGGACUUCCUGAAGAAAAUAUUUGUGGAUGCCAAGCAAAGACCAUCAGCGGAGGAGCUGUUCAGAAACCCAUUUGUGCAGCUCACUCACUGAUGGAGGCAGUUGGGUCUGGAACUGGGAUUUUUGUUUUGAAAAAAAACUAUCUUUUGGUUGUUAUGCCUCACGCUCUAUUCAGUUACCAUACUCAGUAACUCCAAUCAUAAUGAGGGUGCCUGUGCCCAUGGUAACAGCUCAGUCCUGUGAGUAUAGUGUGAACGUGAAGAGUAACUGGACAUCUGCAGGGUUCUUGAUGCAUCUGUGGACACCAGUGUUCAGCAGAGAAUCACCUCUCAGCACUACAUUUCAUCAGAGAAAGGCUGGAUGGAGGGUCGCAUUUGGACGGAGCGUUGGAGUAGCUCAAUUAAACUUUGUGGUAUUACACAGAGCUAAAGAGUAUAGCUGUCGUACAAAAUAUGCUAGAUCCUUGUGCAUAGUGGAAGUCACGCAGCUUCUCCGAGCAAUAUAUUGAAUUCCGGAGUAUCUUAUAAAACUGCAUUUUCAACUCUCCGUCCACCUGUCUUCAGCUAGAAUUCUUCGUUGUAGACAGAGCCUUCCAUCAGGAGUCAGACUUUAGGUAUUCUAAUGAGACCUUAGCCUACAGAAAUUCCACCUUGCCUAUUUCUGUCAAAUUCGUGCUUCUAAAGGAGGUGAUGUAUUCUUUGUGUGUGUUUGUGUACGCUGGUUGUAUGUGUGAGGCUGGCAUGCACAUACAUACACACACACCCUACACAAGUGCAUAUGCAUGUACAUACAUAAUAUAUAUACCAAAGUUUGAUUAUUUUUGUUCUAUUUUGCCUAACCUUGAAUGUCCUCCUUGAUCUGAUGAGAUUUAGAUCAAGUUAAACCAUACUGUGGUUGCCAAGCGUCUAAUAACUGGUUGGAGCCUAUAGAAUUCAACAAUUGUCGAAUCCAUUGUGCUUUUAACAAUGUAUUCAGUCUCCAUGUUGUGGGUGAGAGGGGCAGUUCAUUUGUUGCACAUGUUAAAGGUGCUAAUUUGCCACAAGCUGAAAGAAAUAGAUUUACCCCCCAAUUUUCACCCUGUGCCUUCAGGUUAUUCUGUAAAAAAAAGAAAAAAUAAUUUAUUGUAAUUUCUUACUUUUUUGAUCUGCCAGUGAAUCCUACAGUUCAACAAAGUAAUGACACUGAAAUUAAUUUUGGAACUUGAGACUGUUGAAUGACUCCAUGCACCAAUGGAGCAGUAACCUCAUUAAGUAUUGCCUUUUUGUGUAAUGGAAUUACAACAUUGGUGUGUAGCUGACAGGGUUUUGGUGAUUCUUUGGUAUCUGCAGUUAGUGAUGGGCAAUUUGACGGUGCAAUCAGUGUUGCAGUUUUAUAUUGAGGAUUCCCACGGUGUAGCUAAGAAAUCAUGUAAACGAUAAUCUGCAAUGAUUUCCUAAUCCUACAUGUGCUUGUGAUCUCCCUCUGUGAUGCCCUGUUAUUGACCCAUCAUUACUCUUAGCCAAGGCUGUUACAAUCCUAUAAGUACGCUGGAAAGUACUUUGAGUUGGUACUUGCAGCACUUGUACAAUAGUAUUAAAUAAUGGCAAGUGACACUCUCUCCACAUAGCUAUUGUGCUUUGAAUGAGUGUGUGGUCUCUAUUCCUAGCAUGUCCAGGUGGUCUUGAUUUGAUGCCAUUGAUAGUCUCACUACAAAUGCCAAUCUUUGUCCGGUUAAUAAGUGCAGUGUCACAGAGGAUGGAAGUGACAGCCAUGAUGAUUGCUUAUUUGAGUUUUAGGCUUUCUCUCUUUAAUGUGGCAACUAUGCCAUGGAACUGACCUAUUUCUACCUGAGACUGGCAGCCUUUUGUCAAACGCAGACUAGACGUCCAAUUUACAGACCACUUGCACUCAGUCCCCAAUGGCCAUCCCAAGCUCCUGGUUGCAUACCAUUCAACUCCUCUUCCCACAUUCACUUCCCCAUCUUUGGCCUUCUCCACUGCCAGGGCGAGGCCCAACGCAAACUAGAGGAACACGGCCUCACAUUCUGCCUGGGUAGUCUACAACCCAGUGGUAUGAACAUUGAAUUUUCUAAUUUCAGAUAACCCUUACCUCCUGUGUAUUCAACCCACCACCCCUUUGAUCCACCUCCAGUCUUCCCACUUUGUCCCCUUUCCCAUACCCCCCCGCCCCAUCCAGCUCCAACCACCCCCAAUCACCCAUUUUUAUUCCCCUCCCUUUCCUGAUUUCAUCCACCUACCAUCCACACACUUCACCCACUGGAUCCCCUCCCCAGACCUGGUUCCAUCCGCCCUUCACCUCUCCCCUAGUGGUUCCCAUUAUCACCUUCCUUACUUAUCAGGUUCCAGCACUGGUGGCCUUUGUGUCCCCACCUAUCACCCUCCCUCUCUGUCCCCAGUCUGGGUCCAUCUGCCCAUCAUCCUUCACGCCUCCUCGGUCCACCAAUCACCUACUGGCCCCUCCCCUCUUUUUUUUACUGGCUAUCUUCCCUCUUCGCUCUCGGUCCUGAUGCCAGGUCUUGACCCGAAAUGUUGACGGUUUCUUCCCACCCCCACAGAUGCUUCUCAACCUGCUGAGUUCUUCCAGCAGUUUUUUGUUGAGUCUUUCAAAUCUGCACACUGUGGUUUUUAUUUUCAUCAGAAGGAUGUUAGUCAGGACUCUAUUCCUGAUGUAAUCUCCCCUGCACGUGGUGAUCAAGUAGAAUGAAGGUCCCUUUAGCCAGGCUUCAGGGGACCCUUGUGGCAAUUGAACAGCCAGGUUUGAGGAAAAUCCUUGCACACAAUUUAGAUAUAUUUCUAUUGUUUAAAGGAAAGUGUCCCAGGCCUGAUUAUUUUCUUGAAAAUAACUGAUCCCAAGAUCUCCACUGGUCAACAUUUGCUCUGUAAUCUCCAUUUAAUCAUAAAACUUAAUACUAGACAUCAUCGGUUGAUCACAUUUAAAAAUUGUGUUGGAGGCUUUGCGUAUGAAUUCAGAGAGAGACUGCAACUUCUUCAAACCAGUUCUGUGGCCCGUAGCCCCAACAUCCCCCACCCCACCACUCCAUUUAAAUAUCCAGUUCUCCGUUAUUUGUAGCUGCUCAGUCCAAAAUAUUCCCAUCGUGAUUGUACCGGAGAUGUUGCUCAUCACUAGAACCGGUUUUAAAAUAGAGUUAUAGAACAAAUGGACAGAGAACUCUCUCCCAUUUUCUGAAUAAGGCGGCUAUCAACUGCUAUCAGCUCUGUGAAGAUGCACUUUCUUGAAUGUAUUUUGUACUGAACUUAUUUUUUAACUUUCUCUUUGCUGAUGUAAUUUAUGCCUCUAUACUUUUAUUUUAUUUUUUAUUUAUGAGAGAUGCUAUUUGUUUUUAUAUAUGUAUAUAUAUGUAUCUAUAUAUACAUAUAUAUAAAAGACUCAAGACUGUUGCAUAAAUCUAAUGCAAAUAUGGUGCCUUUAAGAAAAAGCAGCUGGUUUUGCAGAUAUUGGCAGGAGACUUUAAAUACAUUCUGUGCUGCCCAACAUAUUGUGAAGUAAUUUUCACCAGAUUGGGAGAGAAGCUGAGGGUGUGGUAGUAGCACAAGUUUCUGCAGUCUUGUACAGACAGGUAGUGUGUUAACUUGUCAGUGCAAUAAGCACGUUAUGAAAAUUAGAAAUGAUCAUGCCAUGGGAAUACGAGAGUAGAAAUUUUGAAACUGAUCACGGGAAGCUCUCAGUUAACAGAUGGAAGUGUAUCCUUUCACUGUGUCUUCAGAAGCCUAUCCAUCAACAGAUCAGUGUAAGAUGAUAGAUGGUCUUUCAUGUAAUGAUACCAGCAUGAACAGCUUUCUUUGUCCACUUCACUAUGAAACUGGCUUGCUGUAGUGUUUUGAUUCCAGUGAUCUCUCUAGACAUGUGACUGAUCUCUCCAUUGGCCUGUUUCCUUCAGUAACUGUUCUGCUAUCCCAGACCCACACUUUAUAAUUCUCAUUCUACCUUCUCUCCUGUAAAAACAGAUCUUCCUGACUUCAAAAAUUCCUUCAAGACCUGUCCAAAGUCAUCUAUAAUUAUUUCAGAGGUUUAUUAACCUGUCUACAAAAAAAAACAAAAAAAUGCUUGCAACACUCAGUGGGUUCACCUGAAGCAUUAAAUCUAUUUCUCCUUCUACACAUGCUGCCUGACCUGCUGAGUCUUUCCAGCAUUUUCUGUGUAUAAUUCAGAUUUCCAGAAUCUGCAUUUUUUUUUCAUUUAUUCUAUCUCCACAUUUGCAGAUUUGCUUAAUUGGUAGUGUGCUCGCUUCCAAGAAAAAAGUUUUUGGAUUUAAGUUCAACUCCAAAGAAUUGAGCCAGGAGUGUGACACUGUUCGAGAUGCUGUCUUUUGGACGAGAUGUUAAACGUGCUUUCUCAAAUGGGCAUAAAAAGUUUCCAGAGCACUACUUCAAAGAAGCGCAAAGAAUUACCCAUAGUAUCUGGCCAAUAUUUCCCAUCAAUCUACAUCAUCUGCUCACUAUCACUUUGAUAUUUGUGUGAGCUUGCUGUACACAAAUUGACCACUACUUUCUCCCAUGUUAAAGCAGUUUCUGCACAUCAGAAGCUGAAGCAGAGCAAUGAGCUGGACAGGGGAAGAUGUCUUUUUGCUUUUCUCAUAUCUAUUUGUUCCACCUCCAAUCCCCAUGAAACCAAACCAGAAUGUCUCUUGUGACAUUUAAGCCACCCAACAGGUGCACAAUUUAGGCUAAUAACAAUUAAGAAUUGAAGAAGCAGGAAGACAGUCACUCAAUCUUUCAUAACAGUUCUUACUGGACUUUCCCAUCAAACAGCAAAACCCACCACUUCCAGGCUUUUAUUUAUUUUUCAAAGUUAAAGAAUUUUUAAAUUGAGUACAAUGCUGAUGUAUCUGGGGUUUUGAAAGGUUGAGUACUGUUCUACCCCCCCCCCCCCCCCCAGUAAUGCCCAACAGCUGUUGGCAGGAAAGGGGAGUGAUUUAUUCCUGGCACUUGGCAGCGCACACACUGGUCUGUACAGAACCUCUGUAUAAAGUCUUCAACCGCAUGGGCAUGGCAGGGACCUCUGCCAGACUCAAAGAAGCGCAAAAGGCUUGCAGUGCAGAGCCACUCCAUUCUUUUUAAAAUAAUGCCACAUCAUUUUUCAUAUUUUUAAUAAGCGCAAGUACAUUUAUACAGUUUAAUUUUUUCCAGAUGACUAUUUUUCAGGAUACUUGAAUGUUUUCAUUGAAAAUAGGGACAGCCAAAGUUGGUCUACUUUCCUUUAACCUUUUGGCACCAGUUCCUCUCUGGCAUAACUUUACUGAAGCAAGUGUCCAUAUUAAGUGAGACAUUAGUUCAGCUGUCCAGGUUUUCUUCAGUUGGAUUGUCAGAGCUGCCUUUCAGGGGGCUUGCCAAACCGCAGGCUCGUGCACACUCAAACUGUGACCUGUGAUCUUUGAACCCUCAUAGCACUUCAGGUCCAGAAACUACUUAAACAUUUGGAGCAAUCAUCAGCCACACUGUCUGGAUGUCUCUGAUUUUAAAAAAAAUGUUUCUGAGGCAACAGAAGCUGGAGGUCAGUUUUGGGACUGGCUUAGCCCAACAGGUCACAGGUAGAGGAAAUUUUAUGAACAUAUUGCUCUGCAGCCCAGCACAGAUAUAUUUUGUUGUUGGGGUACCUAGAGGUUUGUGUAAUCGGAGCUUCCUUCUACAAUCCCAAGCCCAUGGCAACCAGAGACAAAAAACAUAAGGCUCACAGAAGCAGAUGUCAGGUGAUUUUGAGCAUCUGAAUCAAUAUGCCAUUUUCAUUUAACUCUGUGCUUCAGUCAGUGUUGGACAGUUGCUUAGUACACCAUGCAGGACCAAAGUCUGAGAUGAGAAUCUGUUGAGCCACUUUAGUGAUGAAGCUUCUCUGGAUGGUGUGGCACAGUGCGACCCUAGCACUGGAGCAUUGAAUGCAGAGACCCAGUGCCCACAAAUCCCCUCAGAGUUUAUGCUGGUGGGAAUGGGCUGAGCAGGAGCAAGGCAUUUCCACGUGAAUUUUAGGGUGAAAAGUUGGGCAGUCACCACAUUAAUCUCUUGCAUAGCUGGCUGGGCAAAGACCUGCAGAAUUCUGGAUGAGAGACAUUAAAUCUGCCCUCACAGCCACAAUGUGUUGUUUGACCCAGGGAAGCAAAUCAAAACUGCCAUCCUCCAAAAAAAAAUUUGAAAUAUUCACUUUGCAAAGUAAAAUGACCAUAAUAUAUAGUAAAUUACAAAUUUACAAAGAAAUCAUGUGCCUUCAAAGGCCCACUUCUGACUAACUGUUGUGUGAACUUCUCAGUGAAUAUUUUAAUGCCAAAAGUGCCCUGGUUUAGAAGAGCCAACAGCAGGUGGUGCUGCUGUUGUGGUACCCAAAUAUAUAAUCCCAAAGCCAAAGACAUUAUUGCAUAAACAAGCCUGAACUGUUCGGAAUCACGUGGCUUGAGUCCUCUCCUGACUUCAUUCCCCACCCUGUGUACUAAAUGUAGAGUGGGUUAGGCACUUUGCAUAUCUACAGGUAGGUUGCUCACUGGAGAAAGUUGAGAGCCAUCCUCCCAUUUUCUCCUUU